AUAAAAGGAGUUGGUCGCACGCCCCUUUGGAAACGCUUGGGCUUUCUUCGCCAGACGCAUUCCUCAUAGAGCUGAGUUGUUUUUUUGUUUCCAUUUCCGCCUCCCUCUCUUUUCCCUUUUGAGUUUCUCGCUAUUAGGCUUCUCAAUUCCUCUGCUGUGUCUGUCUUCACUUAUUUCAAAUCCUAUACCUUUUUCUUCUUCCUUCUUUUUCUUUUUAGGGUUUUCUGUGCCGAGCCUUAUCAGAUUUGAGGGGGAAGAACAAAAUAUGUGGAUGGUGAAAAUAGGUUUGGAAUGAAGAUGUGGAAACCGACUCACAAUAGGAAUUUGCUUAUGGAUUUGAAAUCGCGGGAAUCCCAGAUGAGUUUUUUCAUAUUUGCAUUCCGAUUCCGAUUUCAAUCGGCAUUCGAUUCCUAUUCGGUGGCCUGUGAGGCUUUUUCUGAACAGAGACAACGUCACUUUUGUUCACCCUCGUCUCCGAUUAGUGUUACAUUCAAACUCCUUUGAUAGGGAUUUCUUCUUCUUCUUCUUCUUCUUUUUUGGUUUUCUAGUUGUGUGUGUGUUUGUUUGGCUCUUCUGUUUCCUCGUUUUGGAGGCUUUUUCUUUCCUUAUUUUGGAUAAUGGAUUUGGUUUCGUGUGAGGAUGAUGGUGAGUUUGCGGAGAAAGACCCGACUGGUCGAUACGUUCGGUAUGAUGAAAUAUUGGGGAGAGGUGCAUUCAAGACUGUAUAUAAAGCAUUCGAUGAAGUUGAUGGAAUUGAAGUUGCCUGGAACCAAGUGAGGAUUGAAGAUGUGUUGCAGUCACCCGACCAGCUGGAAAGAUUAUAUUCAGAGGUUCAUCUGAUUAAGUCACUGAAACAUGAAAAUAUCAUGAAAUUCUAUAACUCUUGGGUGGAUGAUAAGAAUAAGACAAUCAAUAUGAUAACAGAACUUUUCACUUCAGGGAGUUUGAGGCAGUACCGCAAGAAGCAUAAGAAUGUUGAUGUCAAGGCCACCAAAAAUUGGGCAAGACAGAUCCUUCGAGGUUUACAAUAUUUGCAUGGUCACAAUCCUCCUAUCAUUCAUCGUGAUUUGAAAUGUGACAAUGUAUUUGUUAACGGAAACAAUGGGGAAGUUAAAAUUGGAGAUCUUGGACUAGCAAUUGUCAUGCAGCAGCCUACAGCCCGAAGUGUUAUAGGUACUCCUGAAUUCAUGGCUCCAGAGCUCUAUGAAGAGGAAUACAAUGAACUUGUUGACGUCUAUUCUUUUGGCAUGUGCAUGUUAGAAAUGGUUACCUGUGAAUACCCAUAUAGUGAAUGCAAGAACCCAGCACAAAUAUAUAAGAAGGUUACCUUGGGUAUAAAGCCUGCUUCUCUUGGUAAAGUGAAUGACCCCCAGCUUAAGCAGUUCAUAGAGAAGUGUCUAGUUCCAGCAUCUAUGAGAUUGUCUGCAACAGAACUCUUGAAAGAUCCAUUCCUAGCAACUGAAAAUUCUAAGGAAAUUGUUCCUGUAUCUCUGCGGAUAGCAGAUCUUAUGUCCAAACAAGUCAACACACUGCAAUCAGAAUCUCAUCCCAUGGAUAUUGACAGUAACAUCAAAAAACUUUCAAUAGGUUCUUGUACAAAAAGCAUGGAUGAGGUUCUGCCUUUCUCAACUCUAGAAUUGCGUAGGUUCACUGAGAACAAUGAGUUCAGGUUAAGAGGAGAGAAAAAUGGUGAUAAUACUAUUUCAUUGACUCUGCGCAUUGUGGAACGAUUUGGUGGUGGAGUGAAGAAUAUCCAUUUUACUUUUUAUCUUGAUACUGAUACUACAUUUUCAAUAGCUGAAGAGAUGGUUGAACAACUUGAUUUGUCAAAUGAAGAUGUGGCUAUCAUUGCCGAGUUGAUUGAUGCCUUGGUGAUGAAGGUUGUUCCUUGCUGGAGUCCUUCAUUUGUAAGUACAUCUUCUGGAGAACAAAAUGAUGCAGCUUCCAAGGCAGUUAGCGAAAAUGAUUUCUUGCCUUUGGUUAAUGUGAUUGGUCAAGAGACUCGAGAAUCAUUCAAUUCAGGCAUAUCUGCUGAAUUUCAUAUGACAAUCGCCUCUGAUGCCAGCACUAACAAGCCCUUGGAAUCUUCCUACUGCACUGUUCAAUUGAAUACAGCUGAUUUUGGGAUGCAUGUUGAUGGUAUAUCUAAAUAUGCUAAAUCCAUAAAAAAUUCAGAGAAUACUCCUUCUGACCUGAAGAUGGAGCUUGAUGCCAUUGAUAUGCAAUAUAAUCAGUGCUUCCAAGAACUCUUGAGGAUGAGGGAGGAAGCAAUAGAAAAUGCCAAAAAGAAGUGGAUAACAAAGAAGAAGAUACCCGUCAUGUGAUAUGCUAGAUUUCUUAGGAUUUUUUUCUCCUUUGCUCUACUGGUAAGACAGGCAUUGGAAGUGGCCAUUUUUUGGCACCUUCCUGUUUCAUUUUUUUAUUUGGAUGCUUGUUGACCAGUUGAUUUAACUUUGAUCAUAGCUAUUUUCUUGUAUAUAGAGAAUUGGGGCACUCAAGGGUGCAGCUUAAUUCAUUCAUUAAUGGUAUAUUUUAUCCAUCCACUCCAAA